AUGAAUGUUGAUCCUAAACGUGAUAUUUGGGGUGCUUUAAUUAAUGAGAAAGCGUCUUCACUCAAAUCAGGAGUUAACGAAGAAAAGCAUUUUCUAUUUGUUGGAUCAGAGAAAUCAGGAAAAAGCUGUCUGCAAAAUCAAUUCUUCUCUAGACGUGAUGAGCCACCUGAAACGCUCGCUCUUUCUUACCAAAGUGCAUCGGUUAGACAAGAUGAUAAAGAAGUUGUUCUCCAUUUCUGGGAAAUUGGCUCAGGAACAAAAUUAGAUCAACUUAUCAACACAAUAGUUACGAAAGAAACAUUAAAGGACUUCAAUGCCUUUAUCUGCUUUAAUGUUAAUAAGCCAUCCAGUAUAUUAACUGCAAUUGAUUGGGCAGAAAAUCUCAUAUCAAAAUUUGCUUAUAAAAGUCAAUCCAUAUACUUCAUCGGAACAUUUUACGAUACAUUCGAAUCGAAUGAUCCAAGCCAAAAAAUCAAUACAGUUCAAGGAUUGAGAGCUAUUGCUUCUAAAUAUCAUGCUGGCCUCAUUUUUACUUCAUAUAAAGAUGAUAAUCUAGCUAAUCGCUUUAAAGGAUUAAUUCGACAGCUUGCUCUUGGCGAAACACCAACAGGUGAAAUAAUUACUCAGCAUAUCAGCCCAGUUUUCAUUUUACCUGAUUCUGAUAAAGAGUGUGGUGGAAAUGAAAUCAUUUCUCCGUAUGUUCGUCAGCUUAAAUCUGCUCCUCCAGACGAUGAUGCUCAAGCAGCUUCAAAGGAUGAUCCAACAAGCUCGAAAUUUGCUGAGAAAGAAAUUGAUGAGCUUGCUGAAACUAAGGAGCGAGAAUUAGAAGAAAAACUUAGAACUCUUCGUGCAAAUAUUAUUUAA